GUACACGGGUCGGCGACUUUCUCGCAACGCCACCACGCACUCCCACCGGUCAUUCAUCUCUGCCCAUCCUGGCUUUCAUCUGUCAUGUUUUCUGCGGGGUCCCAUAUACGGGCGGCCGUGGUCAUCUUGAAUCCUAGUCGAACAUACUCGACUUGUAGCCAGUUCCGUUUCAAGGGCCUCAUACAUCAUCAUGGACUUGUGCAGCGGACUCCGUGUCUUUCACUGCCCUCACUGCAAAAGCGAUCACUCUCAUCUUCGCCUGGUUCAUCUUCUACCGGUAUAUCUGACAAUGCAGCACCGAGAAAACCCUCAGUGUUAGCUAAGAUACUCCCGUCCUCGGUCGCGGCCGACCCCACCAAAAGUGCAUCUUCGUUUCGCAAGAUAGUUGCAUUGGCUAAAUCUGAACGCAAACCGCUUGGCAUUGCUAUUGGUCUUUUGCUUAUUUCUUCAUCUGUAUCUAUGAGCAUACCCUUCACGAUCGGAAAGUUAAUAGACUAUUUCACCUCAGCUAAUCCCCAAAUACCCUAUGGCUUGUCAUUAGGUCAAGCUUCUGCCUUGCUGUUGUUAAUGUUCACUGGUGGUGCUGUGGCAAACGCUGGCAGAGCCAUGCUCAUGCGGCUGUCUGGUCAACGUAUUGUCGCUCGCCUUCGUGAACGUACUUAUGCUGCUGCCUUACAUCAGGAGGUUGAAUUUGUGGAGCGCGGAGAAGGUGACGUACUCAGUCGGCUGAGUGUCGAUUCAAGUAUCGUUGGUGAAAGCGUGACGCAAAACCUUUCAGACGGUCUGCGGUCGGUGGUCAUGGCAUCGGCGGGACUCGGCGCCAUGUUCUAUAUCUCUCCGACCCUUACUCUUCUGAUGUUGACGGUUGUUCCUCCUGUGUCAUUGGGUGCUGUUUUCUAUGGUCGUUACCUCAAACGACUCUCGAACAAAACUCAAGAAGCCCUUGGUGAUAUGACUAAGGUUGCACAAGAAUCACUAACUGCCCUCCGUACGGUUCAAGCAUUCAAUGGCAACGCCCUGGAAGAGAAGAAAUUCCACGAAAAGGUCACCAACGUGCUCACUCUAGCUCGAAAAGAGGCCAUCGCUAGUGGUAUUUUCUUUGGAAGUACAGGAUGGAGUGGAAAUGUCACAUUACUUGCGCUCCUUGGAUACGGUGGAACUUUGGUUAGCUCCGGCGCUAUUACAGUAGGGGACUUGACCAGUCUUCUGCUGUACACUGUAUAUGUCGGUAGUGGACUGCAAAUGCUAACUGGAUUCUUCUCAUCAAUUAUGCGUGGAAUCGGUGCUGGUGUUCGCAUAUUCGAACUUCUUGACCGCAGACCGGCCAUUCCUCCGGAUACGGGCGUCGAAGUCGACCCUUCACGCCGAGGGACUGUUCGAUUCGAGAAGGUUAUGUUCGAGUAUCCUAGUCGAAAAGGCGUAACCAUCUUGAACGAGCUAGAUCUCCAAGUUGGCGUUGGCGAGAGUGUUGCCAUUGUUGGCAAGAGUGGUAGUGGAAAGUCUUCUAUCACUGCCCUCCUUAUGAGGUACUAUGAUCCAAUCUCGGGCAAAGUUACUUUUGAUGGGCAAGAUAUUCGUGAAUUCAAGCCAUCGUCGUGGAGGGACGUGAUCGGUGUUGUCCCCCAGGAUCCUGUAUUGUUCUCGGGUACCAUCGCCUCAAACAUCGCAUAUGGCCGCGAAGACGUCCCUCGCGAGGACAUCGAGGCUGCUGCCCGCCAAGCCAACUGCGAAUUCGUCUGGGGUAUGCCGAAGGGCUUUGAUACCGAAAUUGGUAGAUUAAGCUUGAGUGGCGGCCAGAGACAGCGGUUGGCAAUUGCUCGAGCACUGUUGAAGAAGCCGGCGAUUCUUGCUCUUGAUGAGGCCACCUCUUCGCUAGAUGCAACGUCUGAACAUCGAGUGAACGAUGCGAUCGACAAGAUCCUCCAUUCACGCAAUACUACGUGUAUAAUCGUAGCGCAUAGGUUAUCAACAAUUGCUCGCGCGGAGCGGAUAGUUGUCUUGGAAGAGGGACGCAUAACAGAAAGUGGCACAUAUUAUCAACUGGUCAACAAACCUAAUUCGAGGUUCCGAGCUUUGAUGGCAGCACAACUAUCAGCUACAGUAGGUGGAGCACCAUCUCCGUCCAAUGCGGAGGCUCUCGUGGACGCAGCAGAAACGUCACAGGAGGACCAGCCGCCCGCAUAAACGAGGGUUUAGGCAAGUGCCUGACCUAGGCGAAGAUCUAUGGACACUUUGACGAAUUGAACGUCAAACUUUAGAAGUAACGUGUGCAAUACAUACUGUAUCGAUAUCCGUAAUGUUGUUUGAUAGCUUCUUAUAGACGAUCUACUCCCCUUUACAUCCGCGUCUGAGCGACCACGCGUUGUAGGCGUGCACAGUGAAUGGUCGCACGGACUAUAUAUACAUAUCGCAGCUACAGAGUACAUUUCUCAACUUUACUCACCCGUCCACAGGCGAUCCCCAUCUUUAGAAUCCUUUGACAUGGCUGCUGAAACUGUAACGUCGCCUACUCUCUCGCCGUCGUCAUUACAUGGAAGUAUGUAUAGUGC